AAAAAAUGUAAACAGGAAACGCGUGGUUGCACAUCGUGGUUGUAAAAUUGUGUAAAGAUGAACAGACCCUUACCUGGACAUGUGACCAAACACAGUGCUGAAUUGGGACUAGAAAGAAAUCAGACAGUGAAGAAGAAUUUUGUGGAGGCCUUUCUGAAACGUCACUUGCCAAGGAAUAGACUUAUCCAUGGAGAAGAUGAAGAGGUCAAGAACAAAUUUGUCAUGUUGGAUAAUCCCAAGAAAGAAAAAGGCAAAAAAACAACACGUAAAAAGAAAACUCUUUCAUCAAGGGAGUGUAAAAGUUUGAAAUUAUUCAAAGUGGAAAGAGAAGGCCAAAGUUAUGAAUCUUUUCUACCUCUUCAUCAGCUCUGGCUAGAGUACAUGGAUGAACUCAUACAAUUCAAUAAUCUCCAGCCCAGUAUGAUGAUGAAUGUACAAAACAAAUUGAUAAAAGCUGACUUUCAUGGGUCUCUGCUGACAGUUCAAAGGUCAAAGUGUCCCAGUUAUGUAGGUGUCACAGGAAUUCUUCUACAGGAAACGAAGAACACAUUUCUUCUGAUCACCAGAGACAAUAAAGUAAAAUGUAUCCCCAAACAACAUUCAGUUUUCACAUUUAUGCUGGGCUCCUACAUGUUUACCAUUUACGGCACUAACUUCCGAGUGCGGUCAAGUGAGAGAUCUGCUCGAAAAUUCAAAUCAAAAGCUACUGUUGAUAUUUGAUAUCAAAUAAAUAUUGAAAUACA